GGCGCUGCGGUCGUGGUCCGGGAAAAUGCAGAGGAUGAAGAAGACGAAAGGCAGGCGAAAACGAAACGGAAGUCGGUAAAAGGAAAGGUCUCGAAAGCGCUCCGGUGCCACCCGCCAUUAAACAAUAAGGAGAAGAAGGAAGGUUUGAAUUCCUGGUUGAAAGAUCUUGAACAAUGGUGAAGAUUUUCGUGGGAAAUCUGCCCCGAGAGGCAGACCAGGAUGAAAUCAAGGCACUCUUCACCGAGUACGGCACGGUCACUGAAUGUGCCAUCAUCAAGAACUACGCCUUUGUCCACAUGGAUGACCGCAAGGCCGCCACCAAGGCCAUUAAGAAUCUGCACCUCUACAAGCUACAUGGUACACCAAUCAACGUGGAGGCCAGCCACGGGAAGAACCAGGGCGCCGUCAAACUGCAUGUAGCGAAUGUAGAAAAGGGAGCUGAUGAUGAGCUCCGUGCUCUCUUUGAAGAGUAUGGUUCAGUCACAGAGUGUGCUGUUGUCAAGAAUUUUGCUUUCGUACACAUGUCCAACUCUGACGAAGCCAUGGAUGCCAUCAAGGGACUGGACAACACUGAAUUUCAAGGCAAACGCAUCCAUGUCCAGAUUUCUAAGAGUCGUCCCAGACAUGACGAACGGGAAGACUACCCCCCUCCUCCCCCAGACAGGGGUGGCUAUUGGCCACCACGCUAUCCAGGAGAGAGGCAUGAGCCUCCCCCACCCAGCUACCUGAGAGGCCGCCUCAGCCAUAUACCCCCAGGUUACCCCGCCCCUCCUCUGCCACCCCCUCCCCCUAGACGAGCUGUUUACCCUGAGCGUCCUUAUGAGGGCGAGAGGGACAGAUACGGCGUGGUAGAUUACUAUGAGAAGUACAGAGCCCGUCCGUAUGGCAUCGCCUCCUACGAGGACCAGCGUCCUGGCGCCCCUCCUCCUCCCCCUCCCCCCUCAGCCGUCGUCCGAGACCGUCUUAUGACCUCGUCGCUUGACCCGUAUGAGCGUCGACCUCUUCCACCUCCUCCGUCCUCGUACUAUGCCCGAGAUCGCAGCCCCCUCAGGAGACCGCCUAGUUCGCCGAUGCCUCCUGCCAGUAAUGGCUACUCCUACGAGCGCUCACGACUCUCUCCGGUUUCCCGGGUCCCGGCAUACGGAGUUCCACGCGCCAGGGACCCCUACGCAGAGCGGCUGCCUCCGCCACCGCCUGCACGCUACGCUUAUUAAGCAAGGCCCUGGCAUGUGAAGGAUCGUCGUCCGACUGCGUCGCCGCUCGCCGCCUCCUGAAGCACGUGACACUAUCCUCUUCCUGUCUGUGGCUGAGCGCGUUACGUUCUCCUGCGACGCUCACAGGAGGAACUGAAUUGUCGACGUCCACGUCUGUUUUUGUUUUUAUUAUUUGGGACAGUUUUUAUUCGCAUUUUUUCCCAUGAUUGUGUUAGUUUCUUACUGUGCUGUAGUCGUUUUAAUGAUUGAAGUCUUGAGUUAGGCGCUUUCUUUUUUUUUUAAGUUGUACUUUUACGUUUCAAUAAUUAGCAUUCUGAUGUUGUGUGUGACCUUAGAAAGCUGAAAGAUUUCAGCAGCAGUCUCUAGGCGAUACUUGUGACUGUAGAUUUAACUGAACUGAAUCAUGUUUGGGAUUAAAUCUAAUCUACACGUUGGUUCCACCCUGUUAAGCUUUUCCAUCGAAAACCAAACCUGCAUGUGUCGUUGCUGUAAAAAAUAUAAACUGCUAAAAGUAUAAAAAGUAACUGUUGAUAGGACAGUUACCGCAAAGCGUUCACAUGUACCUGUCCAUUGUCGAACUUGUUUUUAAUAAACGGAUUUGUGCAGAAAUGUUGUUCACAAAUGUGCCCAAAAUCAUGCCCAGCGCUAAAACACAAGUAGUGUAACCGCUUGAUUUGAUUCAAAUACUCUGCUAAGAUCCUUCGAAAAUAAUACUAUAUUUAAUGAUUAUUCGUUUGUGAAUGAUAUCACGUUUAACACACUUGUUAAAAUCGUCACGCUGAUCAAAGAAAUAUCUGUGGUCUUGUCUGAAUCACUCAUCAGCAUACCUUUUUUUUAGCUUGUCCCCUUCAGUACCAAAAUUGAAACUUUUUCAUGUUAGAGCUUGAGGAAAGAAGGGUGUCACAGAGCUCGUAGCUGUGACUAGUUUACCUUGAGUCUUGGACGAGAUGACGUCGGAGGCUACUGGAGACCCUCAGUCAACAGGUAAGUCAAGGGCUUUAAGGACUACUGAAGAAGAGAUGAAUACAGACAGCAGUUGAUCAUAAGCAAUAGGUACACUAUCCAAUUUAUUUACCACAGAGGUUUGUGACAUUGGGCAUAAACUUUGAUCCUUUACAGGUCCUGUAGUGUCAGCUAGUUUAGUGUUUAUUCAGUCAUUCCCUGUAAAAGAACCAGUCAGCUGUAAAUUGGCUACUCUUUAUCGCCAGUUUGGCGGGAAAUAAUUCUGCAAUGCAUAUAUGGUUGCCAGUACUUUUUCAAGUACUGGCAAUAAACUCAGUGACCACAGUCUUCAAAUCCUGUAGGAUUUAGUUGUGGGGAAAUUGUUUUUGGAAGUGAAGCGAAGCAUUCAGAAUAGUGAUUUGGAGAGAUGAGUUGAUGUUUUGACUGAACAGACACUUGGUUUUGCAGACUAUUUUUCAAAGUCUUGUAAAACAUGAAGUCAAUUAACAAUACAAUGAAAUUGCUAUAGUAACUGAUUUUCAGACAGAAUUUUCAUGGAUGUGAAAAAAUUACAGUACUUUGCAUUGUAUUACUGUUUUGGACCUGUAUGAAUAAAACAUUUAAAACAA